AUGGAAGACACUGGUAUGACUAUGGAACGUCGUCGUAUAUUGGACAUGCACUUGAAUGUGUGGACUCGGAGUUUGGAAUUGGAUGUUGUUGUCAUUUACCUUCAUGCUCAUGGUGUUUUCAAUGAUCAAAUUAUCGACGCCAUCAAAGCUGAAUCAACGAUAGCUAUGAAGCGAUACCAGUGUAUACGGCAGCUGAAAAUGCGUGGGAACAACGCCUUCUUUGUAUUCUACAAAGCACUGUUAAAAUCAAAACAAAUAUAUAUGGCUGAUCUCAUCGCAAGUGGAUUGAAUAGCGAGGAAAGGAAAGAAAUUAAUGGUCCGACUGAAUACAGGGCAUUCGUGUUCAACCCUGAACCAUUUGAUGAAAAAUGCAAAUACAAUGUUUGUCUCAGUCCAUCCACCGAAGCGAUUCAGUGGAAUCGCUCGUACUAUAGGGCGUAUUCAUCGGUAGAAGUGCGUGAGCCGGCUGGAAUUUUAUAUGACUUAGAAGUUGACGCUGUCGAUGCUCCAGUGAAUUUAUCAUCGUUUGAUGCUGAGUUGACAUAUCCAAAUUUUACGUCACCACGUGGAAUGGCUCUAAUUAUCAGCAACCGUUAUUUUUAUACUAUGCCAGAAAGAAUCGGCACUGAUGUUGAUGAAAUUAAUCUGAACAAUCUUUUUCGGCAGCUUAAUUAUGCGGUUGUGGUUUACCGAAAUUUACGAUCAGUGGAAAUGCGUGCCGCUAUUGAAGAUUUUGCGAAGGAUAAAAGGCAUCGGAAUCUAGAUUCAUGUGUAGUUUGUGUUUUGACGCAUGGAGAGCAGGGAAAAAUAUUUGGGACGGAUGAUAAUCCCAUAACAGUAGUGGAGUUUGUUUCUACUCUAAAUUCCAGAAAUUCUCCAGGUUUAGCUCGCAAACCCAAACUUUUCUUCUUACAAGCUUGCAGAGGACAGCAAUACGAUUGUGGAUUCGAAAGUGAGUUAGAUGAGACUGAUGGAUAUUUUGAUCGUUGGAUUUCGUGCUCAUCGUCUAAAACUAAGGGAUCUCUAGCAAAAAAAGAAAUUAGAAAAUCUCCGGCAGAGGCAGACAUUUUAGUAGCAUAUGCAACUACUCCAGGAUAUGUAUCUUGGCGUAAUUCUUUGAAAGGCAGCUGGUUUAUACAGAGCAUUUGUCAAAUAUUUGCUCAGUAUGCGAAAUCCAAUGAUAUUUUAUCAAUGUUGACAUUGGUGAAUAAGCAAGUAGCAGAUGCCUUUGAAAGUUCUCCAGGCUCUUUCAAACAAAUGCCCGACCAUUCCUCUAGACUUCGAAAAUCCUUUUAUUUUUUCCCGGGAGCAUCUGUUUCGGCAUAA